AGGGUAACCCCAAACCUCAUUUCUGCAUUUUCACUCCAACCAGAACCAUGCGUCACCGGAGACGAAGGUAUGCUCCGCCGGCAUCUCUUGAGUGUCUCCGCCGCUACAUCGCGGCGGAUUUUGCUCAGUAUGCUGCGAUGGCAAAGGAGACCGUGCUCGAGAAUCGGAUUCAAUUGGUGGAGUCCAAGCAGAAGGCGAGCGCGGAUCGUGUUGCUUCUACGGAGAAGCGUAUUGAGGAUUUGCGCGGUGAGUUGCUUCGCGGCAGUUCGAUAGCCGUUUCCACCGUGGAUGAGUUGAAGCGCGUGGACGAGUUGAUUCGUGUGCCCGUAAUUGUUGCUCCCAGUGUCAGCGCGAAGACACGCGAUGAGCUGGUGAAGCUUGCUAAAGGACUGCGCGUCCGCCUUGUUUGAUCCACUUGCAUAGGAGAGGAACAAAAAGGCAGGCUGGUGUUUCCUACUCGAUGUUUGUAACUUGCCUGUGUGUAACUGGAUUUUUGGAUUCCUAUAACUUUGCUCUAAAUCCGAACCCAAGGUGGUAUUUCUUAUGAUGUAGUCUAUCAUUUUUAGUUAUUUGGUCUCUGUUGUUCCGGCCAAUAUAAACACAUAGGUCACACACUCACAGCCGUUUAGGUUCAACUUUUAUGAAUCUUUUUGUUUAUCCGGUACAUGCAAUUAUGCAAAUAUGGCUUGCUUAUUUUUGUUUGAUGAUGUGAUUGUCCUCAAGAACGGAGAAUCCUUAGACUACCAUCCUUGCCUUGAUCCAUAUGUUAUGGACGGGAAAUUCUCUUUUCCAUUCUUUUCUAUUAUAUACUAUGUUAUGACUUCUUGGUGUUUGA